GGGCAACACUGCACAUAAACAAGCGCGCAGUGGAAUUCCGUGGUGUCUCCUGGCGGGUUGCCCACAAUAUAAAACCGUAACCCGGUGAAUUAGACAGUGCAAAAAUGUCACCCAAAUAUACGCACGCAAUUGUCGCCAGAAUUUCAAACGCACUUCAAGAAACGGGCAGCUUUGAUGUCCAAUUGGCGAAACAACAACACGAACAAUACUGCGCUCUAUUAAGAGAAAUCGGACUGGAUGUCAUUGAGCUGCCACCGGAUGAUGCCUUACCCGAGGGCGUCUUCGUGGAGAGCAGCGCCGUCGUCUGCAAUGGAGUCGCUCUCAUUGGACGCUCCGACAAUGCAAAGCGGCGACGGGAGGCGGAGAGCAUGGCCAUAAUAUUGAAAAAGGAGCUGGAUAUUCCAGUGAUUGAGAUUGAUGAUCCCCAUGCCCAAUUGGAUGGCGGGGAUGUCCUCUUCACAGGACGCGAAUUCUUUAUUGGCAUCUCGGCGUUUACGAACGAGGAAGGAGCACGUGCCGUUGCCAUGGCAUAUCCCGAGUAUCCUGUGACACCUAUAAGAGUAAACGGCUCGAAGCGCUUGAAGUACUAUGUUACCAUGGCUGGUCCGGAUGUGCUCUGCGUCAGCAACAGCGCCACCUGCCAGGAGAUUGUGAAGCGCAUGGAACGCGAGGCAAGCUUCACAUAUCAGAAGCUAACGCUGCCCGAGGAGAGUGCUGCCAAUAUGCUGUACAUAAAUGGCACCAUUGUUCACAGAUCACCCGCUGAAAUUCCAGAUGCAUAUAAGACUUUAAAAGAGAAAAUCGACAUUCCAACACGUAACAUUAAUAUAAGCGAAUUUAGCCAAUAUUCCAGCGGUUUAACAUCGGCGUGUCUUUUGCUGCGUCGCUGGAAAUCCAUAAGAAGCAUUUGAAUCUGAGAAAAAAUGAAAAGAUAAGCAAAAUGUAAUGUUUGUUUUCUCAGCUACAUGUUAAGCCUAACAUGUGGCUGAGAAAACGCUACAAACUGCAUGUUAUUUUGUAUCUAAAAAAAAAGAAAAGAAAACACGCACAACGCUGGCAUCAAAAUUGUUAAAUCCACGCGUUUGUCAUGGCAACAGCAAUAAUAUCGUCGAAUAAUUCAUAUUUAUAACCGUUAUUUGUUAAACUUUAAGUGAUAAUGUUAUAGUAUUUAUACACACCCAAAAACACACACUGACACACACACCCACACACUCACACACACACAUCUCUUCGCACACAUUCAAAACGAACUUUUCAAUUUUGUGCUAUGAACUUCAAUUACAUUUCACAUAAUUCAUAUACAUACAUCAUAUUUGAUAUUAAUACAAUUAUGAUAAUACUUUUAUAUAAACGAACUCUCGAUUCAGCGAAAGUUCAGCUAACGAAUGACCUACGAAUUGUAUCUACUUUACAAGUAGCUGUUAAAUGUGUUCACUGUACCCCCAAAAUAAUCAUAAUAAUAAUAAACCAAAACAUUUGUAAUUUCUUUACAAA